CCGUGGUGUGUGCUGUGCCAACACUAUCGGGCCGUUUAUUUCGCCGCGCCGAUAUUUGUGCCGCUGAUGUCGGUACCGGCGCGGCGUUUUCCACGUUUUUGAAGCUGGAUGAAGUGAUUAUAUUUUCGCUUGUUUUCCAUUGUUGCCUGUUUUCCGUGCUAUGAGUAUAAUUGUAAAAACAACCUAAACAACCUAACAGGUUUUGUCUUUUAUAAUUGUAAUCAAGCGUGGGUCGUGGGCAUUGGCAUUAGCCGUGGGGCCGCCAGUCCAUGCAGCCCGGCUGGAAAAGAGCGCUGCUCGUCCGACGGCUGAUGACGGCCGAGAUACCGGGCUGGGCGCGACGACCGGAGGCUGGCCUCAGAGCGCGGUCAGACUGCGGGCGGCGCGGACACGGAACGGAUCGCGGCACCCACGGCACGCCGCGACAUGGCGCUGCUAGGAACCAUGCAGAUUCUGCUGAUACUGCUUUUAGCCGGCCACAGUCUGGCUGAGACGUCCGUCUUCAGCGGUCCCCGGCCGAGCGCCCGUUUCAUUCCGCCUCCACCGACUCUCCAGGACGUCAGCAGCGCUUCCGGAGGCAUCAUCGACGUCUUCGUGGAGGACCAGGAGGCGGCGCCGCCGUCUGCAGACGGCGAGACGGCGCCGCCGCCCGCCGACGACUGCAUGCCGUUCGCCAGCGUCCCGGGGCUGGUCGGCAGGAUGAUGGCCGGCCAGGCUCCGGCCACCUGUUCGUUCGCGGAUGGGUCUGUGGGCGUGUCGGCCGGCCGGACGCCGUCGCCGCCGGCCGCCACCGGGCCGCCGCUGGAGCCGCGCGCGCCGCUCGCACCUCUACCACUGCCCGUAGGCGCCGACCAGCACCUGGCCUCGGCCGUCCGCCAGCUAGACGCCAUGGUGCGCCUCGAGCGGAGACUGAGUGACCAGGUGCCCCUGGCCCCCGAACGGCUGAACACGCUGCACUUCAGAUCGGACGCUGCGUCACAGCACCAGGGCCGCCGCGCACUUCGGGACCUCAUGGUCAUCCAGCUGGCCAGCAACAGCUCCACCAGAGCUGCAUCCGCGACGACCACCACCACGACCACACAGAGCAGGUCCGGCAACGGGAGGACCAUGCGUGUGACGGUGCGCAAAACCAUGGUAGGAGAAAAGCGCGUUCCCGGCUGCGAGAUCGAGCCCGAGAUCUCCUGCAACAGGAGUAACAAGUACAGAACAGCGGACGGCAGCUGCAACAAUCUGAAAACACCCUCACUGGGUCGCAGCGGAACUGGCCUACACCGUCUCCUGAACAGCACCUUCUCGGACGGGAUCUUCGGCCCGCGCCUGCUGGGCAGUGGCGGCUCCCCGCUGCCGUCCGCUCGCCGUCUGUCGGCCAGCCUUCUCUCCACAAACGCCAAUGCAGAUGGCCGCGUGGCCGUCAGUCUUCCCGUGUUUGCCGAGUUCCUGUCGCAUGACCUGCAGCAGACGGGGGUUUUCCGACUGGAGGGAGACCGGCCGCUGGACUGCUGCGCCGCCGACAACCACCCGCAGUGUCUGCCGAUCAGCGUGAGCGGCGAUGAUCCCGUGUUCAGUGCCGCGGGCCGGCGAUGUAUGAGCAUGACGCGAUCGCUGCCGGCACCGGAGCGGCAGUGCCUCCCGCGGCCGGCAGCGCCACUCUCCCGGCAGACGGCGUUCCUGGACGGCUCGGGUCUGUACGGUGCCACCGCGGCCGACACCCGGCGACUGAGGGAGCUCCGGGGCGGCCGCCUGCGCAGCAACGACGGCCUCCUGCCCACGCGCGACGCCAGAGACGCGACUGCUGAGAACGCCAUCUUGAGCGCAGUGACUAGCGGACGGCGGCGACGGGACGCUUUUGGCAGACCCAGCAUCGGCUUCCAGGACAACGGCCUGUUUCCGCGACACCCGUUCAGUGCGCAGUUCGGAGGCGUACUGCAGCCACCACAUCUAGGGCCAUUCGAACCAUUCAACACGCCAUUGGGUGUACCCAUGGAUAUACUUCAAAAUGGACGCUUCGGCGACUUCGGGAACGGUUUUCUGAACGCUCCCUUGCAGCAAAGCACUCCUGUGGAUGUAGCACAUUUCGGUGCAGGUCCACAAUCACAUGUAACCUUCAAUAACGGAUAUGUAAGCACUGCGACCAAGAUCCAACACCCUACAGCAGGCAACCCACUCGGAAAAACACUAAGUGCAUCUUCCUUUCUACAGGGCGGUCCUGGGGACCUAACAAAGGAACCAAAGAAAUAUCCGCAUUUUAAGGGGGAUGAUAAAAUCGGAAACAUUUUUCCACGUCUGCAAAACAACGUUUUUCCCUCUGACACCGCCGAUAAAAGAUCCGAAUCAUUCCCGUCCGUUCCAAGACCAUCAGGUCGUUAUGGGCCCCCUAAAGACUACGAAGGCCAUUCUGAGAAAAAUGAUUACCUUCCAAACGGAAAAACACAACUCUUCCCAGGGUUCAAUGAAGAGUUCGACCGCCUUUUCUCAGAUAGACGUCCUGCAACCGAAAACUCACCCUUCAAGAACGAAUUCCUUGGUCGAAUCGUUGCGGGUGCGCCAAGAAGCACCUCUCCAGCAUUCUCGCCGGCCAGCCAGCCACUGUCCCGCGGUCCACAGCGAGCAUCCGCAGACGAGGUGGAGGAGUUCCUUCCCAGUCGAACACCGUCCCGAAAUAUCGCGCCAGGGCUCAUCUCCUCGCGUCUUCGGGCUCCUAGCGAAGUCCCACCGCAGGAAUUCAGCAGUGCAUCUGUCGAUCCGACGUUAAACGAAGUAGCUCCUGAGCGAGGCCCACUGAAUGACGAUCUAUCGAUAGAGGUAGGCUCGCCGAUAGGCAAUGUCGAUCAAAGUUCCCUCAUCAACGUGGACGUGGAUGCCGACGGCGAGUCAGAGACGUCAAGCAACUCAUUCUUCGGUCCAUCCGCUGACCAGUCUUGCAGCGCUGGCUGUCGCGACUGCACCUGUUUCGACGCAGGCAACCAUCGUGCCAACGAACAGUUGCACGUAGCAUUGCUGCACACAGUUUGGUUGCGGGAGCAUAACCGCGUGGCGGGUGAGCUCGCCAGGAAUCACCCGGACUGGGACGACGAGCGACUGUUCCAGGAGGCGCGCCGUGUGGUCGUGGCCCAACUGCAGCACAUCACCUACAAUGAGUUCGUGCCGGGCACGCUGGGCUACGAGUACGCGGCAACGCGCGGCCUCCUGCCGCUGUCCGUCGGCUUCUCGCCGCUCUACAAUGCGUCAGUCGACCCCAGACCGGCCGUCGAGUUUAGUACCGCGGCAUUCCGAGCGGGACACAGCAAGCUGCAGGGUAUGCUGCGACUGGUUUCCCGCAGCGGUCAGGUGGACAACUCCAAACUGACUGAUGGCGCCUUUAACCCGGCACCGCUAGUCGAUGGACGCUUCUUCGUGAGGCUGGCGCGCGGCAUGAUCGACCAGCCCGCCGAAGGCACAGACGCCAACUUCGCGGCGGCCGUGCACGGGGAGAUGCUCGGCGGAGUCGACCUGCCGGCGCUGACAAUACAGCGCGGCCGCGAUCAAGGUCUGGCUACGUACCCAGCUGCGGUGCAGCUUUGUCACGGCAAAACCCUCGCGUCCUGGAACGACUACUCGACCUUCAUGGACGCUGAGGCAGUGGUAGAACUGCGUACCGCCUACGCCGAUCCGUCUGACGUGGACCUCUACAUCGGAGGCAUGAUGGAGCGGCACGCGGAGGGCGCCGACCUCGGGCCAACGUUCCAGUGCCUCGUCGGUGACAUGUUCUACCGGCUGCGCGUGGGCGACCGCUUCUUCUACGACAACGCCGAUCAGGCGGGCACCUUUGACGAUGCCCAGCUGAACGAGCUACGAAAGGCGAGCAUGGCGCGUAUCCUGUGUGACAACGUCGGCGGCGACUUUGACGGCGUGCAACCGAUGGCAAUGCUGCGACCUGACGAAAGGGAGAAUCCAAUCGUGUCGUGCUCCUCGCAAGCGCUGCCAAGAGUCAACCUUGGCGUCUUUUGAGAAUCUGCAUCGGUGCAUGAGCACUGAGCAGUGCGACCUUCCUCGUUAUCAGUGCGGAAUGCGCGCCCUUGCCGAGCAUUUUCACGAAUACAUUGAUUUGAUGCGCAUGCAUACCCCUGCAUAGCUGUAGAAAAGCAAUCAACGUCCCAACUUGUUCUUUUUAAACGACAACAACUUUCGCUGUUAGACUGGCGUAGGUAACUCUAAUUCUGCUGCAAAAUGGUAACAAUCUAACUUCCAGAAGUAGUUACGUGAGGACGACUAUCGCUUAGCUACUGCAUUAUGUAUACUCAUCAUGACUUUGCCGUUGAUAUGUGCCAUAUGUAGUUACUACUUGUAGCGGCUUACAGCCGUGACAAAUUGAGUAUAUACAUACAUACAUACAAAUACAUAUCUUGAGCCUCGUA